CAAAUCCAAAAAAAGUCACAACGGAAGAGGUAUUAAAAGCCGAGUCUGAUCCACUGGAAGCCGAAAAAAUUAUUGAUGAUUUCGAAUCUCAAAAACGUUCGGAACAAUUUGUCGAAAUACAGAACAUAGUUUGCAAUCAGAUUCAGGACUGCAAAAGAGAAGAUCGGGAAAAUAAAAAAAAGAGUGAUGAAUUGGACAUUGCUCAAAUUUCUCAGGAUAAGACGGAAGCUAUUGAUUUUGUGGCAUCACAACUUUUACUUCAAAGUGGUGCAAAAGAUCACAGCAAUGCUCGUCAGAUUAAUGAUGUGAUUUCAAAGAUCAACGAGUUUGCAACAAAUCUUGACAAUCAUUUUGGCAAAGCUUACAAAGUGAAUGACUCCGGGAGAGGAAUUUAUCGAUACUUCGCUCAAAAAUAAGAUGUACACUUCAUCACAACUAACUCAAGUUUCAGAAGUUCUCAAUCAAAUCAUUUAAGCGAUCAAUAAUUUAGACCGAUCUUUAACCCAGUUCCAAUUAAAAAGUUUGGAAACAACUAAAAAAAUCGUGAAAUCAAAACUCAAAUAUCAACACUAACGCCGUUUAUUGCCACUUUCAAAAGGAUUCUCGGAAAUGAAAACUCUGAAAUUGAUUCGAAAAAAGUUGAACAGUUUUCGAACGAAAAAACAAAGUUGUUUGAAACGAUCAACAAUUUGGAAUACGUGAAUGAAAAUCGUGACAAGCUUGUAAAUGCAAUUCAAAAUACCACAAAAGACCCAAAACUAGAAAAUCUUCGAAUUGAAAACUAA